CGCUGUUUGGCGCUUUUGUGCGCGCCCGGGUCUGUGGGUGCUCAGAGUGUGGCCAGGCGGCUCGGACCGAGCAGGGUUUUCCUUGCUAGUGGAUUGUGUAGAAUACACUGCCAGUCUCUUGUCUUCUGUUCACCAUGGCUUCUUCUGAUAUCCAGGUGAAGGAACUGGAGAAGCGUGCCUCAGGCCAGGCUUUUGAGCUGAUUCUCAGCCCUCGAUCAAAAGAAUCUGUCCCAGAAUUCCCCCUUUCCCCUCCAAAGAAGAAGGAUCUUUCCCUGGAGGAAAUUCAGAAGAAACUAGAAGCUGCAGAAGAAAGACGCAAGUCCCAUGAAGCUGAGGUCUUGAAGCAGCUUGCUGAGAAACGAGAGCAUGAGAAGGAAGUGCUUCAAAAAGCGAUAGAGGAGAACAACAACUUCAGUAAAAUGGCAGAAGAGAAGCUGACCCACAAAAUGGAAGCCAACAAAGAGAACCGAGAGGCACAAAUGGCUGCCAAACUGGAGCGUUUGCGAGAGAAGGACAAGCACAUUGAAGAAGUGCGGAAGAACAAAGAAUCCAAAGAUCCUGCUGAUGAGACUGAAGCUGACUAAUUUGUUCUGAGAACUGACUUUCUCCCCCUCCCCUUCCUAAAUAUCCAAAGACUGUACUGGCCAGUGUCAUUUUAUUUUUGCCCUCCUGACAAAUAUUCUAGAAGCUGAUGUAGGACUGUAUAGGUAGAUCCAGAUUGUAUGAUGUUGUUUUAGGGGCUAAAGGGGAGAAACUAAAAGUGUUUUACUCUUUUUCUAAAGUGUUGAAGUCUUUCUAAUGUAGCUAUUUUUCUUGUUGCAUCUUUUCUACUUCAGUACACUUGGUGUGCUGGGUUAAUGGCUAGUACUGUAUUGGCUCUGUGAAAACAUGUUUGUGAAAAGAGUAUGUAGUGGCUUCUUUCAAACUGUUAGAUGCUGAAUAUCUGUUCACUUUUAAAUCCCAAUUCUGUCCCGAUCUUAACAGAUGCUACUGUACUUGAAUGGUUAAUAAAACUGCACAGUGCUGUUGGUGGCAGUGACUUCUUUCUGUCCAGGUAAUAAAUUGUCCAGUGAUA